UAGGUACACAAUAAAAGGUAAAUAAAUACUUUACUAAUGUAAUCGGAAUGUAAUUGUUAUCGUCUCCUAUCAGCUAUGACACACUAUAUAAAUUAUAAACUAAUUAUUUCAUAUUCACAAACUACUGAUCAAUUUACAGAAAUUAAAGCAUUACAAAUAAAUAGGUAACAUUAUUAACUAUCAUUUCAUCGUUAACAGUAAAAUAACUAUUAACUAAUUUCAAUUACCUAUCAAUUUACCAUUUAGACCAUUUCAGAAAACAGAAAAAAAUAUACAGGUGUUUUUGUAAAGACAACUGGUUGACAAUAAAUAAAUAGAUAUACAGUAUGUACACAUUAACAACGACUGUACAACAAUCUUACUUUAUCUAUACAGGUUAAGUUGUUGACAGAGAUUUCAGUCUGGUUAGUAGUGUGAAGUAAUGCAAUAGUGUGUGGAAUAAAUAUGUCUAUCUAUUGAUGAAUAUAUUUAUAUUUACAGUAAAUAGACUGACAAAAGAUAUUAAGUACAUUAUUGUAUUGGUAUUAACUUUAAUCUCUUUGCAGUUGUGUCUCAACAGAUUAUUGAACACUAGUGACAGUAGGCGAGCAAGUAAACUUUAUUUAUACAACAGUGCUUUACAGAAACAGACAAGGGCGAGACAAUAUAAGAUAUGCAACCAUGGAAACAUUCCAACAAAAAAAGUUGUUUUAAGUCUCUUUGUGGUCAUUUUGCAUCUCUGUAGGAUGAAAGGAGGCAUCUUGGACAUGAUGUUACCAAAUAUUUUAUAAUAAUGAUAAAUAUUUGUAUAUCACACAGACAAAUGGCGGGUUUGACAGCAGAAGAGUCAGAAAAGUGAACUGCUGUUCAUUUUGUCCAGUUCAGACUGAGCGAUGGCCUCUAAAGCCAGUGGGAUGAUGGAGGUGGCAGCGCUUGGCCGGCCUUUCAGCCUCGGGAUGUUAUACGACUGCCGUGAAGACUCACUCGUCCCUGGCUUGACACUGUGGGACUGUGAUGCCCUUGGAAAAGAUACAAGAGAAAGACCAAAACCUAGCAAUGACUUUGAGAUAGUUGCAUCUGAAUCAAUUGCAGAUAAAUCUUCAGCACUAAAUGUCGAAGCCUCUCUUAAAGCAAGUUUCUUCGGUGGACUGGUUGAAGUUGAAGGAUCGGCAAAAUACCUGAACGAUAGUAAGAAUUCCAAAAAUCAGGCCAGAGUAACACUGAAUUACAAAACUACCACAAAGUUCCAGGAACUGUCGAUGAAUCAUCUUGGAAGAGACAAUGUGAAACAUCCGUAUGUCUUUGAUAAAGGAUUAGCAACACAUGUAGUCACUGGUAUCCUUUAUGGGGCACAAGCCUUCUUUGUCUUUGACCGUGAGGUGUCUGUAAAGGAAGAUCAUCAAGUCAUUCAGUGUAACUUGAAAGUCAUGAUCAAGAAGAUUCCCAACUUUGUGGUAGAGGGUGGAGGUUCGCUGAAAAUGGAAAACCAGGACAGAGAAAAUGUUGAGAAAUUCUCCUGCAGAUUCUUUGGAGACUUUUCCCUUCAGAAACCUCCGACAUCCUUUCAGGAUGCAGUGGAAGUCUACCAAAGUCUGCCAAAAUUGCUGGGAGCCAACGGAGAAAACGCUGUACCGAUAAAAGUCUGGCUGUUGCCACUGACAACUUUAGAUUCUUCUGCUGCUAAACUCAUACGUCAGAUAAGUAUAAGAUUAGUUCAAGAAUCCCAGUGUGUCCUGGAGGACUUCAGUGAGCUGGAAAUGAGGUGCAAUGAUGCAUUAAAAACCAUCACUGCACAGAAGUUUCCACAGAUUGGCAAAAAGAUUAAAACUUUUAAAGAGAUGUGCUCUGAGUUCAGACUGGAACUUCAAGGAACCUUGGCAAAGAAACUUCCAUUAAUCCGAGGAGGAGGAGAAGAGGAGGCUGUGCUUGCUGAGAUCUUGAAGAAGAGAUGCUCUUCUCCUUUCAACAGCAAAAACCUGAACGAGUGGAUGGACUGUAAAGAGAGAGAAGUCUGCAUUUUGAAGUCUUUCACCAACAUGAUGAAAAACACCAAGAUUGUUCCAUCUGAAAAUGGUCUUCAUGAAGAAAGUUUCAGUGCAGAGUAUGCUGUGUGUUUUGUUUUCACCUCGCUGGGAAGUGCUGAACCAUACCUCUCAACUUUAUCAAACUACUUAAAACAAACACCAGAUGACCCUCAAGAUCCACGCACUCAGGAUGUAGAGAAGAAACAAUGGUACGCCUCAAAAGAAGUAGCAGAUGUAAUGAGGCAUAAAGCAAAGCUCUUCAGUGACUUUGCAGAGGCCAACAAGGAGAACAAGAACAUUAAGUUCUUGACAGUGGGAUUAACAAAUGAGACACAGAAAGGUUCCAGCAUCUACCUUUAUAAAGACGGCUUUCCAAUCAGUGAGAACUUUGAGCCACUUUCAAAGCCUGAAAUGGUAACAGUAGGUGAUAUAAACCACAACAGUGUGACACUGAAGAUUUCUCCACCCAGAUUUGGAACAGAGAACAUCACCUCCUACUCUGUUGAGUACUGUGUCACUGGAGAGGAUGGAUGGAAACAGAAGACAGCAUCAACAGCUGAGGAAGUCACAGUGAGCGAUCUGAGUCCUGACACAGAGUAUAUGUUCAGAUGCAGAGUAGUGACCUCAGCGGGUUGGGAUGGGCCAGCCAAGGAAAGCAGUGGCUCCAUUAAAACCUUACCUUGCAGCCCUCCUGGAAAACCUCAAGUUGAACCAAACUCAAGUGAGAUAUCAGUUAGCUGGGAGAAACCUGCUGAGCUUGGACAAGGUGUCCACAUCUUGAGCUACAUCCUGGAGUACGCCGUAAAAGACAACAGGGUGAAAGAGGAAGAACUCCAAUGGAGCCAAAUGAUGUCGAGAGCUGAAAAGGCGAUCAUUUCAGAGCUUCAUUCAGAGACAGAAUAUGUCGUCAGAGUCCGAUGUGAUUGUGGUGUAGACGGCAGAAGCAAAGAGAGCAUCACUGUCAAUGUCUGCACAACAACACUCACAGAAUUCCUCAAAAGUACAAGCGAAAGGAUGAAUCACGAGUCACCCUCAGUUUAUCAACUGACUCUGACAGAAGAAGCUAUGGAAGAAGAUAUGGACAUCGAUGGAUGCCGCAGGUAUAACUUUGGCAAAGAAAGCACGAGGCAAAAUCGCACUAUUGUGCUUUUUGGAGCGACCCGAUCAGGAAAGUCCACUCUGAUCAAUGGAAUGAUCAACUACAUUGUUGGUGUGGACUGGAGGGACACUUUCAGAUUUCAAUUAAUUGAUGAGGAUCAACUGAGAUCACAAGCUGAAAUCAAGACCUCUGAAGUCACUGUGUACAAGAUCAACCAUCAGGAUGGUUUUAAAAUAGAUCACUCACUGACCAUUGUGGACACUGGAGACUUAGAAAGAGACAAGGAGAUCAUUGUACAUCUGCUUAAUCUCUUCUAUGCUGAGCACGGCGUCCGUGAAAUUGACGCUGUGUGUUUUGUAGUUCCGGCUACUUUAGCACAACUCACACCAUCACUGAAAUACAUGUUGGAAUCUGUGCCCUCAGUCUUUGGCAAAGAUGUGGCGGAAAACAUCCGGAUUCUGGUGACAUUUGCAGACGGCCAUCAACCACCAGUUCUAGAGGCAAUCACUGCUUCAGGUGUCCCAUGUCCUAAAACAAAAGGUGGGCCGCCAAUUCACUUCAAAUUCAACAAUUCAGUGUUGUUUGCAAACAACAAAUCAUCUGCAGCAGACAACAUGAGUGAUGAAGAUGAAGAUGGGGGCUUUGAACAGAUGUGUUGGAACAUGGGGACAAAAAGCAUGAAGAGGUUCUUUGUUGCUUUGAAUGUCAUAGAAACCAAAAGGUCCCAUUUCUGGUACUGAAUCUCAAAAGUACAGGUGGGAGUAUGAGGUGGUUAAACAAAAAGGUACAGUGAAAGAGCUGAAAGAAAAGUAUCUACAACCUUCAGAGGCUAAGAAAUCUUUUGAGGUGUUGGUUGUAGAACUGAAGGCUGAAUACAAUCAUGAUCAGGCUGAGGUGGUUAAACUGAUGGAGAACUUUGCUGAGUGUUUAAAAAGACUUGAAGAGAGAACACUGAAGCCAGAUCCUCUCUCCACUCCAGAGUACAUUGACAUGCUUAUUGAGAGAGAGAAAUCUGAGGCCAAGUUAGGCUGGAAACAUCGAGUUAGGUCCCUGAGAGCCAUACGAAGAAAAUGUCUUGAGAUGGCUCUUAGUCAUGCUUUCAGAAAUUUGUGAACACGUACAAUUCUACUUACUACUUACAGUAAAUGGCUUUUUAAAAAAAAAAGCUGAAGCAUAAAUGUGUUUAAGACAAAGAGUGGAACUUCUUACAGUUUUCUUUUGUACAAACGUAUUCCUGCAGGAGUUAUUUGCUUGUUCUGUUUACUAAAAAGGAAAACACACAUUUACCAUGUGUGAUGAUAAAUGUUAAAGUUUGACCGCAUUUUGUGCUGAAACCAUUAACUUCCUGACAGCAUUGCCACCAGUGUAAAAGUUUAAAGCUGCAGCUCUAUUAACUCAGCAAACCUGAAAAUGUUAUAGUCCUUUUCAUUUUCUAUUAUGAUCAUUGAAACAUUAUUAUUUUUCCACUGCACCCAGUUUAUAUUGUUCAAUACAGCUUUUUAAACGGAAUAUCAGCGCUUUGUUCAUUAUUUUUUUUUUGGGGGGUGGGGUAUCUGCUUCCUGCUUAUUUUAACAUUAUCUAUUAAGAUUAUUUCGUCUGAGAUUUGAAUGCAUGAAUCAUUUUAAUCAUUGCUGAUAAUGAUGUGUACUGACAUUUUAUUGUCCUGUGGGGUAAUGUGGUGGCUCCCACUGAAAGAUGGAGAAAUCAUUCAUUAAUAAACAAUCAAGAAAUGUUA